AUGGCACAGCCUCAGCGCAUCCUAGUAGUCGGUGGCGCAUCUGGCAUCGGCGCCGCCCUCAUCAUCUCGAUAAUACGCACAUCCACAGCGCAGGUCUUCUGUUUCGACAAAGACAUCGACUAUUCUUCUUCUGGACCUCUCGGAACACUGCUCUCAUUUCCAAAUCGCAUGUACGGCCACGAAGGUGACGUGACGAUACCAGAUGAACGCGAACACGCCAUAGCCACAUGCAUACGACCAGAUGUCCUAGGCGGUAUCGACACAGUCGUAUAUUGCGCAGGUAUUCUCACGCCAAUUCAACGAAUCGAGAACCUCGACAUGGAAAGCGUGGAAAUGACUUACUCAGUCAACGUAUUCGGUGCAAUGGCCAUGGCACAACUAGCUCUCCCACACCUAAGAGCCGCGCGAAUCGCUCGCCCGCUCAACGCUGGCUUUGGCAAAAUGAUCUUCCUCACAUCUGCGUGCGACCAGGACGUCACGUACCACGGGUGGUCACCAUAUUGCAGUUCCAAAGCUGCGCUAACACGCUUCAUCUCGUGCUUCGCACACGAAGAGUCAGGCAUCAGCGUGCAGGGUGUGUACCCGAAACUCACGAAUACGAAGAUGCCGGAAAAUGUGGUCAAGGGCAAGUAUCGAGGCAUCAUGGCGGAUCACGAGGUCGAGAGGUUCAAGACGUGGGGCAAGAUGGGCGAGGAGAUGAUUGAGCCGCCGGAAUGGUGUGGUGAGGCGGUUGCGAAGUUGGUGUUGGGCUUUGUUUGAGGGCGGGAAGAGUGGAGAGACGAUGUUUUAUGAUGAACAUGUUCCGAAGAAGAUUAAGGGAACGUAAUUAUGAGCUUCUAGCUCUUCAAUCCUGCCUCAAAAUAUAA